AUGCUGCUGUCCUUUGGGGUGAGACAAGGGGCCUUCCUGGUGAACACGGCCCGGGGCGGCCUGGCGGACGAGAAGGCGUUGGCCCAGCGCGGCCCUGGACCCAGCAGGCAUCCACCGAGAUGCGCGAGGCGGGGCCGGGAGAUCCGCAGUGCCGUCCCAGGCCGGAUCCCAGACGGCCUGAAGAACUGUGUCAACAAGGACCAUCUGGCGGCCGCCACCCACUGGGCCGGCAGGGACCCCGCGUGUGUGGCCCUGGUUAUGCCUCCUCUGGCUCAGUCACACAGCUGUGUGGUACGUGACUGGAGGUGUAUCGGUGUACUCAUCUGGAUCACGCCACUGUGGCCCCAACCCCACUUCCCUCCCCACCCCAUGAUGUCAGAAGAAAACAGAGAGAGAAAAUUGGCUGAGGCCAAGAAAAAGUUUAGAGGCUAUCAUCAGUGGAACAAUGCUGGUGUUGGUACCGGAGGAACCGACACCAAAAAGAAAAUAAAUAAUGGCACUAACCCUGAGACAACCACUUCUGGUGGUUGCCAUUCACCUGAGGAUAAACAACCGAACUGAGCUCAGCUGGAAGAAGAAAAGGCGGCAAGCCACCAUCAGGAAGCCCUAAGGAGGGAGCUAGAGACCCAGGAUCAUACUAUACGAAUCCUUACGAGUCAGAAGACUGAACUGGAGACAGGGCUCUACUACAGCCAGGAGGCUGCCAGGAAAUGUGAAGGUGGGAAUCUGGGCACCCGGUCAUCCUUCAACCUGGCACUUUCACAGGCCUUUAGGGGGAGUCCUUUGUGCCACAUCUCAACCUCUCUCGUUCCAGGAGAGUCCAAGGAUCUGGCCGGUCGCCUGCAUCGUUCCUGGCACUUUGCAGGAGAGUUACAGCAGGCUCUGUCUGCUGUGUCCACACAGCACAAGAAGGCGGACAGGUACAUCGAGGAGUUAACAAAGGAGAGGGACGCCCUGAGUCUGGAACUGUACAGGAACACCAUAACCAACGAGGAGCUGAAGGCGAAAAAUGCCGAACUACAAGAAAAACUUCGACUUGUAGAAUCUGAGAAGUCUGAGAUCCAGCUCAACGUAAAGGAGCUAAAAAUGAAGCUGGAGAGGGACAAAAUCCUGCUGCCACAGGUUGAAACCAACACUUUGCAGGAGGAGAAGCUGCAGGAGCAGGAGAAGAAGAUAUGGGAGCAGGAGGAGAAGAUACGAGAGCAGGAGGAGAAGAUGUGGAGACAGGAGGAAAGGCUGUGGGAGAAGGAGAAGGAGCUGCGGGAGCAGGAGAAGCAGAUGCGGAAGCAGGAGGAGCAGAUGUGGAAGCAGGAGGAGAAGAUGUGGAGACAGGAGGAGAGGCUGUGGGAGCAGGAGGAGCAGAUGCACGAGCAGGAGCAGAAGAUGCGGGAGCAGGAGGAGAAGAUGUGGGAGCAGGAGGAGAAGAUGUGGAGACAGGAGGAGAGGCUGCAGGAGCAGGAGCAGGAGCUGCACGAGCAGGAGAAGCAGAUGCACGAGCAGGAGCAAAAGAUGAGGGAGCAGGAGGAGAAGAUGUGGAGACAGGAGGAGAGGCUGCGGGAGCAGGAGCAGGAGCUGCGGGAGCAGGAGAAGCAGAUGCACGAGCAGGAGCAGAAGAUGCGGGAGCAGGAGGAGAAGAUGUGGGAGCAGGAGGAGAAGAUGUGGAGGCAGGAGGAGAGGCUGCGGGAGCAGGAGGAGGAGCUGCACGAACAGGAGGAGCAGAUGCACAAGCAAGAGCAGAAGAUGAGGGAGCAGGAGGAGAGGAUGUGGGAGCAGUACCAGAGGCUGCGGGAAAAGGAGGAGAGGAUGCAGGAGCAGGAGGAGAAGAUGCAGAAGCAGCAGGAGAUGUGGGAGCAGGAGGAGAAGAUGCGAGAGGAGGAGGAGGAGAAGAUGUGGGAGCAGGAGGAGAUGCUGCCAGAACAGGAGGAGGAGCUGUGGAAACAGGAGAAAAUGCAGGAGCAGGAGGAGAAGAUGCAGGGGCAGGAGGAGAAGAUGCGGGAGAAGGAAGAGAGGAUGCGAGAGCAGGAGGAGAAGCUGCCAGAGCACAAGGAGAGGUGCUCAGCGCCCUGCGUCCCUCCCUCCAAAGAUCUUUGUGAUACAAGCCACGCUAGCAGCAUGGCGUCUGCGCGAGGAGAGGCCGGGGACGGUUCUCCCCACGACAGCCCCACUGCACAGGUCGUGCAGCUGCCUUGUGGGAUGAAGAACGCCCAGGAGCGCCCAGGCUUAGGCAGCAACUCCUGCAUCCCAUUCUUCUACCGAGGAGACAAGAAGAUGAAGAUCAUCGACAUCUAA